AUGGCAUUUUUUCUUUUGCUAAAUGAAGAGAUCAGGCAAAGAAAAAUUCAGCGGAGGAGGUUACGGGACGCUAACAACCCCUUCGAGCUGCCGGAUCCGGAAUUUCAGCAUUUAUAUAGAAUUAAUAAGGAUAUGGGAUUGUACCUGAUUCGGCAGCUUGAAAGGACCUUGGGAGAGACCGCCGCUCAUGGCAUCCCUGUCCAUGUCCAGGUAUUAUCUUCUGUGAUGUUCAUGGCUGCCGGGAGCUACCAGAGGGGUGUGGGCCAAGACCACAACCUCUGCGUGGCUCAGACAACCAUGUCCAGACACCUGGGCAGGGUCGUGGAUGCGAUUAACCGACAAUUGAAAAAUCGGUGGAUUGUUUUCCCGGGCACCGAGGCAGGGAGGCAAAAUGUCUCCUCCGGAUUCCGGGAAAAAUUCGGAAUCCCGGAUGCACUAGGGGCAGUGGAUUGCACGCAUGUGGCCAUAUUUCCACCGCCGCGGCCACAUGGCGUGCAAUACAUAAAUAGAAAGGGAAUUCACACCCUCAAUGUGCAGUUGGUAUCAGACGCGGAGUGCAAAAUUUUGCAUGUUAAUGCGCAAUUUCCAGGGCGAGUGCAUGACGCAUAUAUAUUCCGCCAAUCUUUGGUGAGAAGUGAUUCGGGCUACCCCUUGGAGCCCUGGCUCAUGACGCCGGUAUUGCACGCCGUCCCGCACUCGCCACAGGACCGCUUCACGCGCUGGCACUGCCAGGCCCGGAACGUAGUGGAGCGCACCAACGGCUACCUCAAGGGUUCCUUGAGAUGCUUAGGGUUGGACAGGUGCCUCCACUAUACCCCAGAAAAAUCAUGCAGCCUCAUUUAUGCUUGCUGCACCGUAUAUAAUAUUAUGAAACAUUUUGGGUAA